GCACUCAAAAACAAUCCACAGCUAAUGUAGCACGGUGGUUUCCUAAGGUCAUCACAUAGCACCAGCAAGCAUGCUUAUGUGUAUGAAAGAUUGUUAAAGGCUUGUCUGACAUCAGUAGUUUUGUUUAUUUGUGCUCUAGGCUGCACAGUUUCGUUUGAAGCAAGUACGUGCAACUACCAUGUAGCGUACUUAUGGUGUCGGAUUCACAAGGCGUGGUGCAUUAUUUGUAUGAAGCCUUUGUUCCGGAUGAUUGCUAAUGGCACAUUCGGCUGGUCACUUGAAGGUGCCGUCAGAGUGCUCUGAUGAUUGUGUAAUGCAACGACGCUGUAUUAAAAAGACGAAAUAUUUUAGUACAACUAUAACGCUAUAAUUAUAAUGCUAUAGCAAUGUGAUUAUUGUCACGAUGAAGCUUAGUCACUUCAAGCUUUGAAGCUUUGCAGGAGUCCUCAGAAAUGGCCAGCCGAAUGUGCCAUGAAGCUGUCUAGCUUCUUUUGUAUUGAAGUUCUGUGUGCUUAAUUAAAGAGUUGCACAGGCACAGUUUUUCGUUGGAAAAAACAAGAAAAGAAAAUGGUUAUUUGUAUAUUAGUUAUCUAGAUUUUGCGUUAGACUUUGAAACAAGCUUUGGAGCUUGUCUUGGUGUUGCAAUAAGAAACAAAUUGUUAUCUUUGCGGGCCUCUAUAGCCCUGUACAACCAGAAAUUGUAUUAGCACCAAUGAGCAUAGUGCUGUCACAUGGCUUCAUGUAUCCACUUUCUGAAGUUUUUUUUCUUUUUUCUUUUUUGACAGGCAAUAUAUGUGUUUAGAAUAAGUCACAAAUUGGUGCAUGUUCAUCGAGUGGUUUGGCACGCAGGUUUAUUGCAUGUUCAUUGCCUAGCGAGAUAUAUGGGGCUUUUGCAGUGCUCUGUUGGCUGUUUCUUUACCUGUAUGAGAGUUUUAGUAGCUGCAUGUACCUUGGUGGGACAUGCAAGUGCUUCCGACUAUUGUUGAACGUAGAAUGAUGCUGUAGAUUGUAUACCAUUGAAUCAUCUGGUUUGUGCAACACUUUUUUCCCCCCCCCCUUGUAGUUGUCUUUUAAUCCUGUGCAAGUGUUGGCUGGGAUUGGUCUCUUUUUCUCAUUCUGGUAAUAAAUUCAGGUAUUUCGACACUUAAUUUUUUAAUGAAAUAUGUAUGCCAUAUUGUAUGUUCUGCCUAACGGCUAAACUUGCAGCAUUUUGAGAAGGGUUGCCUUUUUCCUUCUUUUGAUUCAUUACUGCUCUUUACCUUACAGGAGCUUUACUUUAUGUGACAAGGAUUUUUUUUUUCUGAUUUUUCCUUAUAUUCAAGAAGGCUCAAGGCUAGCUGUCCCUGAAAAGUGAAUCUGCAUUGUGUUGAUGUGUACGGCUGUGAAGUUAAUAAUAAUAACAAUUAAAAAAAUAAUGAUCGCAACAAAUAUUUACUACACGGAAAGAGGAUACAAAAUCAGUUCGAAAAUUUGAGCAGGGAAAUUGUCAAGGAGAAUUCAAGAGGCAGGACGAAAGUGAAAUUGUAUGCUUUCUCACUCGCAUUUUCAUUUUUGGUGGCGGAAGAUGCUCCCACUAUACCUGUAUGUUAAAUUCUGAAGCUUGCAUAAUAAUGCACAGAGCUGUUCCAAUAUUGCUGGCUGCAGUCAUGCUUUCUUGAUUAAUAUUAAAGAGUAAUAUUAAUGUAGCACCACAGCUAUUAUACCUGCCCAAGUGAGUGGUUGUAAGUGCUGAAAAAAAGAAGAUAUUGCACAUUGUCUUUAAAGGGCAGCAUAACAAAAAUUCAUUCAUACCUCCGCUCUUUCACCAUCCGCUAACGGACAGCAUGGCACAUUCAUACAUCUGUAUACUAUGGGGUGAAAUUACAAGAAUUCUACUGUUCGGUGUUUCCAGAGACUGGCAGAAGCUAUUCAUGAUAUGGAGAGGCAGCCGUACAGAACACUGAAAUAAGAGGAACGAAAAUGACAACACAAACAUCCUAUUUGUUCCUCAUGUGUGCACGUUUUGCAUUCCUGCCUUUGUAUACCUAAAAUCUUUACCGGUGGCUGAACCUUUUGUCGGUCCAACAAAGACUAAACGUUUCAGAGCUAAUCAAAUGCUGGCAUCAUCCAGCAGCUAAACAAAAAGAAACACUGUUGCUAAGUUGCCAUGAUGACUAAAUAACUUCCAUUCAAUGCUGCCAAAGGGAACUUCCACAACUUUUCCCCUAUUUUUUAUACUUCGCGUAAUAUUUCAUACACACACAUUCUAAUUGCCACCGGUGCAAAGUAUGUUUGAAAUGUUUCUUGCUCCAUGCUGCUUGCUAAGUAGAAGCAGAGAUGUAGUGUUAAACAAUAAGCUCGCAUGUGUGAUAAACAUUUUGCAAUCCAUCAUUCAUUGUUACGUGUAUUUUUUUGUUCUUUCAGUUUUUCAUGUUCAGCGCAUCGUUCUCUAUGCCUGGUUGUUUUCGUGCAUGCAUCCACUUCCCGUGUUCUUUAUGACAUAAACCAGUUGUUAGAAGUGCUUUGUUUGGCUCAUGUUCCUGUUGUAUGUCUCGUAAACCUUUUCAGCGUGUCAUCAAAUUAAUGACAUUCGAACUAGCACCAACACAAGCCUUAUUCACGAACAGCAGGAUCUAUUUUUCAAACUUGCAGAGCGUUUAGGCCCUGGGUUCAUACACAUCGUUAAGGAAGAGCCACCAGCUGUUGCAGCUGCUCCAGCUUCUGCCGAUGAUGAGUUUGAAGCGGCUACCGGGAGCGACAGUUCGCAGCCGGCAAGCAGCCGCCGAGACCUCGAAUGCGUCGGGGAAAGUGCCCGUCGCUACGAAUGCGAGAUGUGCCACGAGGUCUUCAACACCGAUCAACGCCUGCUCCAACACUCCGUGGCGCAUGGGCGGGAGUGGAACUUCUGGUGCAGGCACUGUGGGGCCAGCUUUCCACGAAACGAAGAUCUUUUGGAGCACGGGAGCACGCACGUCGACAAGCAGCAGCAUCGCUGCUUGAUCUGCUACAAGGCCUUCAAUCAUGCGGCCCUGCUUCUAAAGCACGUCUUGUUUCACACCGAGCAGCCGACCUUCUACUGCCACCUGUGUCCCAUGGUUUUUCCCGUGCGGCAGCAGCUGUCAAGGCACCUGCGCACCCAUGAUCGGAGCGCGCCCUUCGCGUGCGACCAGUGCAACGCCGCUUUCGUCUUCGAGGUGGAGCUGACCAGGCACAAGAAGGGGCACGAGGAAGUCCGGCGUCACAAGUGCCCGGAGUGCAACAAGGCCUUCCUCCAGAAGUGCCACCUGGCGGAACACCGAAAGAUACACACCGGGGAACGACCGUUCAGCUGCAACGUCUGCACGAAGAAGUUUGUGCGCCGAACCCACUUGGCUGUACACAUGCGGAAGCAUGGAGAUAAAACUAAUGUCAAGCCGCCAAACUCGUAGGCUUCUGCAGCGAAUGUUUGGUCAAGAUUUAAAUGUCCACUUCAGUGGUUAGUGUCUGCCACAUGUGAUCUGCGUAAACAUCUUACGGAAAUAAAGGCCUUGGUUACACGUUUCUCUGUCUUUGCAGCAUUAAUGCAGUCUGCAUACGAACUAAAUAUGUACAAGUUGUAAUAUAUGUUACCCCUCUACUUGAAGCGCAGCAAAUACGACCUUUUUUGAAGGCUUGUUCAUGCAUAAGCAAAGCUCGGGGGCUGGCUUGUUGGUAUUCCAAAAUGAGGAGCAUUGAAGCACGAUAAGCUGAUUGGUUUGACCAGGAAGGUGGUCCCCAUCUUUAUUUCUUGCAGAGUUCAAAUAUACAGUUCUUGCGCAGCAUUAGCUGAACAACAGAAGCUAGUGGAGGUCUGUGAAUGACACAUACGAUUAUUGGCAUCAUCAUUGCAACAGAACAUACAGGGUGUUUCAUUUUAGCUGCACCAUAUUUUUAAAAAUUGCCUGUGGCAGAUAGCACAAUUAUAAUCCUUGAUCUAAGCUACACGAUGAGGCGGCCAUUACUUCCACGAAAAAUCAAAAUGCCUAAUUGAAUAAUUAACAUAAAUUACGCUAAUUAACUUUUUAAUUAAAUAUUUUACGGAACAUGUUUCAAUCUACGAAUUACAGACGCUGAGUUUGCAAGGAGUAUUCACUUGGAACAAAUUCUCAGGACUGAACCAGUUUCGAGAUAUUAAUUUUCAAAGUGUCCGACGAAAUGCGUGGGCGUUCCAGUUAACUUUGUGCUUCAAUGCAUAAAACAGCUAGCGUUUUCCUAAAAAAGUUAACUGGAAUGCCCAUGCAUUUCGUCGGACACUUUGAAAAUGUGCCAUAAAAUAAUUAAUUAAAAACUUAAUUAGAGCAAUUACUAUGUUAAUUAUUCAAUUAGGCACUUUCAUUUCUCGUGGAACUAAUGGCCGCCUCAUCGAGUAGUUUAGAUCAAGGAUUAUAAUUGUGCUAUCUGCCACAGGCAAUUUUUUUUUAAUUGGUGCAGAUAAAAUGAAACACCCUGUAUAUAGAAACUGUAAAAUUAUAAUUACCACAUUUGCACAGAGGGAUAAAAGUACAUAGAAGCCAUGUCAGUAGAGUGCAAUAAAAAAUUGUCAAACACUUUCGUGCUUCAACGCUGCUUUGUUUGGGCUUGCUUGCUUUAUUUCAUUUAUUUACAAUUUUAUUCAAAUCCUUACCAUCCCUCAUCACUUUUGGCACUGGGCUUUGGGGAUGACCAGUUGCUACUGAAUAAGGAGACUUUCCUGCAAACCAUUACUGUGACAUUAUUUUCAAUGUUCAUGCAGUGUAGUGUGCCCUUGUUAAGCCGAAUGAUGAGGCAAACAAAGAGAUCCCUCAGUUGCACAUCUGAAACUAACAAAUAGAAAAAGAGCAAGAGCUUUAACGCAGCAAUAUGUAACCGAGUGGAGCAUUGUGAGCAUUGCUGUGUUCUGGCAAGUAGUACCCCGCAUAUCGUUAACGAGAAUAACAAGAAAAUAGGAAACCUUGAAAGUGAUUCUGGGUAACUUCUGAUUAUUUAUAAUGCUGCAUCUAACAAAAUACAUAGGCUCUUAAGGGCCCUGAAACACUUAUUGAACACAAUAAAACCUUGCCGAUCUGUCGAUGAGGCACCUGUGAAAAUGCGAGUCAAAUGUUAUUGCAGUGCAUGCAGCAAGGAAUUUAGGAUCGCUUGUCGCAAACAAUGUAAAAUUGCUUGCUCUCUCCUUUGCAGUGUCGUCGUGCAGAUGCGUCACAAGCAGCCGAGCCCACCAACAGUCAUUGGCUGAUUUCGUUAUCACGAGAACAUGCAAAUUUUGAGUUAGAUAAAUGAAAAAUACACGUCUGCGAUCUCAAAAAGACCACAAAAAGUAUUUGACCAUUGCGGUUCCGAUCUACACACGCUAUUUGUGCAUAGCUGCAUCUGCUGAGUAUUACUUGCGACAUCGCAACACCAUGGGGUGCUGUGACAAGCUCUCUUAUCGGCGAGACAACCAGACAGCUGCGUCCACUGAUUGGUCUCUGUAACUGACGUAGCUCCAGGCACCAGCUGAGUGAUCGCUCAUCUUGCAUCAGGAGUGCGCCACACAUGCCUGAACUGGAAGUAUAGCGUUGUGAAGGUGAAAAAAAAGAAAUUUCGGUGGGGCCUUGCUCCCUUGCCAUCCCCAUUGUGCAGCUUCCAGCGUGCUAGUAGAGAAGAAUAGAGAGAGAAAGCCGCGUGUCAGUGCGAUAACUACCUCCAACUCCACUUUUACUUGAAGGAGCUAGCUAAAAAAUUUCUCUGGCAGGAGAUUCGUGAAGCGACAUCCUUUACUAGCAAGGCCAUUUUAUGAUUAGUUGAAAAGUGUUUCAUGGUUUCAUGGCCCAUCACUUCAAGGAACAUUUUCGGGAGAGGGGACUUGUGGCGUUGAGCUGUUUUUUUGCCAAGAUUGUUGCUGUACCGUUUUAGACAAAUGAGACCCAAACACGAAAACUCACAUGGGAAAAACAAAAGUGAACAAAAUUUGGAUUGUGCAAGAGAAGUUGGUAGGGGAUAUAUGUCAGGUGCUGUUCAUUAGAAAUUCAAUGUGCCAUACACCUUGUUUGAAUUCACUUGUUGGCAUUUAAUUUGUUCGCAGUGGUACAAUCUAUCUUGCAUUGUUAUCAGGGCUCCUUCUUGUCUGUUCUUAGCAGCUUAUACUUAUUAGUAGACACUGGACUGCAUCAAGAAGUGUCGUACUGUCACAGUCAAAACUACUAAAAGCAGGUACAGGAAUGAGAAUUAAGCUGGACGCACUGGUUUGGCAAGUCCAAUGAAACAGCAGUGAUGUAGGAUGAGAAAGAAUGUCAGAGGGCAAUUCUGCGAAUGCAGCGUGCGCUUU